UUUCAAGCCAUAUGGCUGUCAAUCCAAAAUGACCCAGCCACGGCCAUAUCGUGCAGGGCUUGGUCUCCCACAAGUAAUGACAAUUACUUCAGAUCCUGCGCCUCCUCGUUCGGCUCAUGAGGACAUUCACGAAUAUACAUCGCCGCCGGGCUCUCCUAUCCAGUCAUCUACAGAUGCCCCUUCACAAGUAAGCAUCAGCGGACAACCGGAGAAGAAAGCAGAGCAUUACGUCUACGAGUCUCUCCCAAAACAUAUCGCUUGGCGGGAAUGGAAUAUCAACCCCUCACGUCAUGGACCGGAACGCCUCAAACAUCCUCCGGUCUUUGUCAAGAGUCAAACUGUUUAUGAUGAGCUUGGGAGAAGCGUCGUAGAUGGCGUCGGGGUCGAGGUGAGUCUGGGCGAGAAGGAAGAGAAACCGGGCAAGAUACUGCAUAAUGGUGAUUCGAUGAAAGAUUGGUAUUUGAAACUGGCGAAGAAGUCAGAUGCUCAACAGGAGGAUUCUCAACCGUCAAACAAGCCUGCAAUCGCAGUUGCGAAAACGACUAUGGAACCAGCAAAUACUGUCAGUGAUUCCAAAUCGUCAGCUGAAGCCAUUCGCAUACAUCGCUCUGAAUGGUUCAUCCGUCGAGCCCUUCUUUCGAAAUCCCAAACUCCAAACUCUACACCGGAAAUAUCCAAGCCGACGACACCGUCUUCAAUUUCUUCUCUCCUCACGAUACCAUCCCAAGCGCAAUCCAAAAAAAUGGCACCCAACUAUGCUUUGGGACCGGAGAAUAAAGGCUAUGGAAUGUUGAAAGGUUUCGGCUGGGGAGGCGGUGGUUUGGGUAAACCAGAGAGGUGGGAAGAAGAAAAUGCAGACACUCCCAAGGAAGACCGAAAGGGAAAACGACGGGCGGAGUCAGAUGAUGAAAUACAAGAGGUCGAUGCUAGUGGUAACGCCAUUAUCGACCUUACUCUUUCUUCCUCGGAAGAGUCGUCUUCAGAAGACGAAGAAGCUCUUUCCGGCCCCGGCCGUACAGCGCCCAUCCCCACAGCACUCAAACUCGACCGUCUGGGUCUUGGUCACCGUUCCGCAUCCGAGUCGAAAAUAACGCACACUCAUAAAGAAAUUGUUCAAGCUCAAAAACGUGCCAAAUACGGUCAAAGGAGGACCAAUAAGGGUGAAGAGAAAGGGGAGAUGGGUAGGAAGCAGAAAAUAGACUGGAAGAGGAAAGAUAAGCGGGAAAGAGAAGAAAGAAGGAGAUUGGUGGCAACAUUGAAUUCUUGAAGUACAUGCCCACAAAAGGUUCAUCAUCGUAUGCCUCUGGAAAUAACCAUGAGGACAUCCUGUGCUUUCACUCGUCCACAUCCGAGCAGGCCCAAACCGAAGCUGUUGAAGCUGAUGUUCAGCGAUUAUGCGAGUAAAGGGCCCUCCGCGUGAAUUGGCGUAUCAUGGCUCUGGAUUAGUUGGGUCUGUCUCCUUUCUCAAUCCUAGCCAACUCAAAUCUUGGCUCGUCCCUGUGAGAACCAAUAUGUUUCGUGUUCAGGUGAUGAUAAACAACGCCCAUGACAAGCAGGACUCGUAUUUGCGUAUGCAUCCCUGACGAUGGUUUUCGUCAUCGGAAAUGAACCCGUUGCUUACAGAACUUUUAUUGUUCUUUAAUGCUAAUUGAUUUACGAAUGCUAGAUUGAAGGUACAGUCCUUAGUACACGAAGCGAACACUACUUGUACACAAUAGUUACACCACAUCCUCCAGAUCUGUGAUCUGCCCCCAUUUUCAACCUCAUACUACCCAGGCUCCCUCUCAAACCUUUUCUUCAUCUUCUUCCCUUGUAGUCUCCGGCUCACCAUAGAUCACCGGACCUGUAAUCCCCAACCCGACAGACGCAGACCGACCAAAAGGCGGUCGAGGUGUCGACCCUUCACUUCCCCCGCGAGCAUUCAAACGCCUCGCACCUGGAGAUGACGCAGGUACAGUCGUGCUGACCGAUCGAGUCUGGGAAUGAGGAGAUUUCCCUCUCGGCGGCGUUUUUUGCACGAUAUUCAAACCUCUUCUCAUCGGCUUCUGAUUUCCCGUUAUGCCAUUUGCCCCUCCUCCAAGUACAGCUCUCAAGCUAUCCACCCUUCCGGCUAACCAACCUGCAAACCCAGGACUCAUACAGAAACUCGCGUAGAAAUCGUUUUCCACCCUUGACUUGCUCGUGAGACCUUUUGUCUUGAACAGCAAGGGGUUAGGACCGGAUGUGCGAAGAUGGGAGAGGAAAGUCGGAAGGGAAAAGGGCCGGAUCCCAGCUGUUGAUGUCGCUGUGUGCAAUGAGAACGUAGGGGAAGGGUGUGGAAAUUGUGGGAGUGGCGAAAGAUGGGUUGAGGUGGGGUUAGGAGUGUUGAUAGACGGGGUCGUCGAGGAGGUUGGGAAGGGUGAUGAAGAUCGGCUGCUGGGUUGUGGUGUUCGAGUCGGGACGAGAGUCUGAAAGUAUCGAUUGAGAGGAACGAGGAACCGUUCAGUUAUCUGCUGAAAAUGUGUUCGAAGAGCCUCAUUCCCUGCUGGAUCUAUAGCAGCCCGGAUCAGUUGAUGCAAUAUUCAAUCAUGAGGAUGCACUUACCAUCGAGCUUACCCUCUGCUAUCAAUCCUUCUAAUCGUUUCAAUAACACCCUGUCCUUCUGCACACUCCUUGUCCGUCGACUAAUAAAUCCUUCCGGCUCUUCCCAUCCACCUACACCUCCGCCUAUUGUUCCCGUACCUGAGCCUGCUCCUCCUGUCGGUUUCCGCUUGCCUCGCUGUGAUGGAAUACUAAUCACAUUCGGCCAAUGAGAAGCCGCAUUCCGGAAGAAUGGAUUUGUAACUCCUACCACGACUCCUGGCUGGGGUUUGUUCGCAUUGAUCAAAAGGGGGAGGUCGUGAUCGUGAAUAUGGAGGUAAGGCCUGAAAUCGCCGGUGGGCGGAAUGGGUCGGAGAAAGUCACGGAGCCACCAGACAAUCUCGGAGCAUGUCCGUGGAUCGGGCGCAAUGAUAAGGAUGGGUUCGGCAAGUAUGAGGCAUUCCCAUAAUGACCAAAGAGAUGCGAUAAAAGGGGCAAAUGCUCGAAGAGGAGAGGACGUAGGAAGGGAGGCAAGGAUGGGAACAGGUAAAGGGGAGGCAGGAGCGAUCUUGAGGAUUUGUGGAUUUUCUGUGGUGUCCGGGAGUUUGACAGUUAUGAUGUCAGAGAGAAGAGGGAGAUGAAGGACUGUGUCCGGCGUAGGGUCAGGCCAGGAGGCAAUGGAGUGGCAUGCGGCUUCAAUGGCAGAAUACCCGUAUUCGAAAAAGUUGGGAGCAAUCUUCUGCUGAACAGCAGAAAAUAGUGCUGGGAAUGGAAGGUGUGUGAGGAUUACCAGUGAUUUCUACAAUCGAAGAUCAGCUAAAGUCAUAAGUAAAAAGCCAUUUCACUAACCUGCAUAUAACCCCUGGUUAUUCUCUUAUCUCUCCUUUGCUCAAACCACACAAAUCCGUAUAGCCACUCUCUCCCUCUCUCAUCCCACUUUCUAUACUCUUCCGCCUUUUGCCCAGUGCUCAUCAAUGCCGGUACCGUCCCGUUUCCAGGCAUGACAUCAACAGGGGAACCUUCAGUGUCCUGGACCGUCGUAUCCAUCAACCGUUCUUCCAUACUUUUCUCUUUGGGAAGAGGCGAGAGAGGUUCAGGCUUUGCAAGAGUAACAGGAUCUGGGGAUAUAUGUCGAAUUUUGAAGGAGAAAAGGAUAGUGCCUUCGCUGAAGAGAGAUGUAUCUGGGAAUGAAGAGAAUGCUCUAUUGCUGCGAUCAGCAGGUCUUUUCCAUGUUGCAUCGACUGGCACAUGCACUUACACAUUUUCCUUUUCACCAAGUCCCCACCGUCUCCCGCCUGCCCUUCGCUCUACCACAGGCCCUCUCUCCAAGUCAAAGUUACAGACAACAAUCUCCUUGACCCAUCUUCCCAUCUUUCUUGCGACAUCUUCGCUCAUCAGCGGCGGCGGCCUGGGCUCACCUGGGCGCCUAGCCCAGCCAAUCUUGUCGGACGGAGUCGGACAGACCUCUGUAGCUGACAGGGGGGUCGAGCUGGAUCCCAGUUGGCGACAAGACGUAUCGGCAG